CGUCGGGUCAAAAAAAGGCCUCCAUUUAAAACGUUAAAAACUGCAAACCGAAAUUUAGGGUUUGUUUUUCCAAAAAUAUAAGUUGGCAACUCAGUCAUGGCAGAAACUGAACACGAAACCCUAGCAAUGGCUGAGAAAGAAGAAACCACAAUGGCCGAUGAUGACGUGGCGGAUAACGGCGGGUCGAAGCGUCAAAGGGAAGAUGAAGAGAAUGGAGACGAUACGAAGAAACAGAAAGUUGAAGAGGAAAAGAAAGUCGGGUCGGAUCCUGUUAGUGUCGGGUCGAAGAGUUUUGUUUCGUCUGUUGAGAUGUUUGACUAUUUUUAUAAGCUGCUUCAUUCUUGGUCUCUCAAUCUCAAUCUCAACAAGUACGAGCACAUGGUGUUACUUGACUUACUUAAGAAGGGUCAUUCCGAGCCAGAAAGGAAGAUUGGUACAGGAGUUCGCGCUUUCCAGAUCCGAUUUCAUCCACAUUUCAAGAGUCGCUGCUUCUUUGUUGUUAGAGACGAUGAUUCUGUUGAUGAUUUUAGCUUUAGGAAGUGUGUAGAUCAGAUACAACCCCUUCCAGCAAACAUGCAAACAAAACAUUAUGCUAACAGUGGAAAAGGUGGCGGUGGUGGAGGAAGAGGAGGUGGAUAUGGGCGUGGCCGUGGAAGAGGAGGGAAGCCAAGAUAUUGAAACAGCUGACAUUAGAUGGCCAAUUUCUUCUGAUCAGUCUUGUUAAGUGCUGUUUAAUCUAAAUUUUGGUCUGUUACACCUAUUAUCCCGUUUGACAUAAUGUUUUUGCUGGUUUAUUUUCAUGCUAUGAGUUCUCGUGGCGUCAUCUAUUAUCUUACCAAAAGCUGAUUAAAUUAUUGCC